UGUCGACAGUAUCGCGUUAGAACAAAAUUUUAGAUUCGUACAAAAAUAAACUAUGGACGGAAAAAAACGUAGAAAUGCUCUUCAAAACCGAGUUUAUAAUUUACAAAAGGUAGCGCGCGUGACAAACAAUGGUUACCUGAACUUCUUAAGAGAAUAUAAGAAGGCGCACUGCGGGGUUUCCCCAAAGGACAUGGUACGUUUCGGAGCCAGACAGUGGAAUCAGUUGACCCUUGAUGAUAAGGAGUUUUAUAAAAACAUGAAGGAUCCGGUGACCGUUACACAAAGUGCACCUCAGGAGUCUGAGAAUCAGUCCCAAGGGGAAAACCCCGGUAAAUCUGAGCGGGUGAAGUGCAGCCAAGUUCGCUCUCCCAGUGCCCGUGAGCGGAAGUCCAAGAACAAGAAGAAAGGGAAGCCAUCCAAGUCCAAGUGCAUCAAGAAGAGACCCAGCCUUGUGCUGAAGACCCUCGACCCAAGUCGUCUGGGCUCCGCCGUAGCCUAUAUGCAUUUCAUGCGCAAGUUUCAGAAGAAGAACAAGAAUUUGAAGGCGAAUGAUCUACUAAACAAGGGAACUCGUCUUUGGUGCCGUCUGCAUGGAAGCCAGCGCCAACAAUAUGAGAGUCCGCUUUGGGUUGUGAGGACUGGAUAGGAAACACUAUUCAAUUUCAACCGUAUUAAUAUGUGUAAAUUUAAAGCGAACAAUGUCUUGUAAAUCUUACACUUCACUCUUCAAUAACAUACAUAUAUGUUAUCUAUUACCAAAAAGAUAUUUACAAAACAAGAAGAUUAACCGGCAGCGCAUAUCGAUUAUAAAACAAAUAAAGAACUUUACUUCGGAAACCCGAAGUUUAGAUUCGAUCAAAAA